AUGACAAGCCCAAAUCAAUUGGUGGAGGUUGGUGAUGAACUGUUCCUUUGGAGUGACGACUCCGAAUCGGAGGACGACAGGGACAAUGCUACAUUACUAGAAAGACGGAUGUUUGCUCUUCGGUACCUCAGCAGACACUGCUGGGCUCGGCCCUCAAAGCAUGAUGUCAAGGCAUCAAGACUGGCAAGCUCUGAGAGGAUCAGCACUGAAGAGGUCCUGGAGGCCCUGCGACGAAUCCCCACCAAGCACUGGAAAAACACCGGCCGCGCCAACGUGCGGCCAGAAGGAACCUUCACCAUUGACUCCAUCACACUUGGGCUAGUUUCAUGUGCAAGCACACAAGGUCGCCCAUUACCGUCAAGAUCAACACAUUUGUACCAGAACUUGUGCAAGUUACUGAUUCGCUUUUGGAAGCAGCACAUCCAGGAGGAGCAGGUCUGCGGCAAUAUACCCGGAUGCCAAUCUCUUGUUUGUACUUCAAUCCAGAUGAAUCGGAACUACGCUGCGCGGGAACACGUGGACGGCAACAACACUGGUCCCAGCUGGAUCAUUGCUGUUGGUGAUUGGGCGAAGGGUGGUGAGCUUUUCAUCGAGGACCCGAAGGGACGCGAAGACCACACUCUUGGCUGCGAUGUCUUGGGGCGCUAUCGUACUGGAGAAAUUUGCCGUGGGACAAGCAUGGAUGUGCACAACCGAUGGGCUCGGUUUAAUGGGAAGUGCGUGCACUUUGUGCGUCAGUACUCGGGAGGAGACAGAUAUUCUUUGGUUUUCUUUUGUGCAGCUCGGCACUACGCAGCACCAGAAGCUGCAAAAUCCUUCCUAAGUGUUCUGGGCUUUCCUUUACCGGGAAAACAGGCACCCAGGACAGAACAAGCAUGCAGGUGCUCGGCGGUAUCCGCUCUGAAAGUGGACUCGUUGGGAAGAGCAUUGUGCCCAGAUGGCUGA